GCAUGCGCUAGCUAGUUUAAUGGCCUGAGAGCUGUGAGGUUUUUUUGUUGAAAGCAGAGCUUAAGAAGGCUUUGUGAAAAUAGAAGAUUUAUCAAAAUCGGGUAUAUGAGUUUGCUUGCAUUUCCUGCUCCUAUCAUGAGAGCUUGUCUGAUCUUCAGUACCCUCUCCUUCUGCAGUUGAUGAUUCUCCAGCUGGCUUGGAGAUGACCGACAGUGUCAGGGCGUUCCUCCGCAAUGUUGCGACGGGGAUUAAGGAUUCUAUUUUGGGGAUCACAACAAUCACCAAGCUAGAUGCCCGAAUCCAGCAAAAGCGGGAGGAGCAGAAGAAGCGGAGAGUGAGCGGCCCCUUGGCCCAGAGACGGGCUCAGAGCGAGGACCGCAAGCACGAGAGUGAGCCCAAAGUAGCAAGUAGGAUUUUUCAAUGUUGUGCCUGGAACGGUGGUGUAUUUUGGCUGAGUCUCUUUCUUUUCUACCGCGUGUUUAUACCAUUGCUCCAGACUCUUACUGCAAGAAUUAUUGGUGACCCCUCCUUGCAUGGAAACGUGUGGUCCUGGUUGGAAUUCAUCUUAACCUCAGUGUUUAGUGCUCUCUGGGUCCUCCCUUUGUUUGUGCUUAGCAAGAUUGUCAAUGCCAUUUGGUUCCAGGACAUUGCUGAUCUGGCGUUUGAAGUCUCUGGACGCAAAGCUCAGCCUUUUCCAAGUGUAAGCAAGAUCAUAGCUGAUAUGCUUUUCAACCUUCUCCUCCAGGCCCUCUUUCUCAUUCAGGGCAUGAUUGUCAGCCUCUUCCCCAUUGAUGCUAUUGGUCAGAUGGUCAGCCUCCUCCACAUGUCUUUGCUCUAUUCACUCUAUUGCUUUGAAUAUCGCUGGUUCAACCAUGGGAUUGAAAUGCAUCAACGGUUGUCAAACAUUGAAAGGAACUGGCCGUAUUACUUUGGCUUUGGUCUGCCCAUGGCACUUUUGACAGCAUUGCCAUCUUCCUAUAUCAUAAGUGGCUGUCUCUUCUCAAUUCUGUUCCCCCUCUUCAUCAUCAGCGCCAAUGAGGCCAAGACCCCAGUGAAGCUUUACCACUUCCAGCUCCGCCUGUUCUCCCUGGUGGUUCUCAUUAGUAACAAGCUGUUCCACAAGACGGUCCAUCUGCAGAGCGCUCUCACCUCCUCCAACUCCGCGGAGAAGCUGCCCUCAUCUCGCACGUCCCCGAGCCGCACGAGACCGCUGCCCACUCAGUGACCGCCACCACGGUUAGCCAGCACAUCCACGACCAUCAGCCGCUCCACACACGUGUGAGGCGAGACUGAGUGCGAGGGCUCUGGAAAAGGAAAUUUAGUCUGUCUUGCUUUCUGUGUAUUUUAAAGAUUUUUCAGCCCUUUUAAUGUCAUUAUGGAGGAUUGAUCAGGCUGAUUUAUGUUAGUUUUAAAUGUGAAUGACUAAUUAUUUGGAUUGGACUGAGCUGUGUCUGUUUCACACAUGCACAAGGCUGCAAUUCUUGUUUUGUAGUGUAAUUUUGUUGGACUGUUUUUGUACUCAUUAUGUGCCAUUUGGGUGAUUUAUAGAAUUUUCAAAUUACAACGUAAAACCUAUUCAUGUGCGUAUAUAUUUUCUUUUACACAAGUUUCCCUCUUAAUAGUCUUCAUUGACUUUGUUCACUGUUUUGGGUUUUUAACUGUUUAUGGCCUUCUAUUUAUUUACAUAUCAGAGCAAGUGGCACCAGAGGAGCCUGCUGUUAUAAGUCCGCAAAUAAUACAUUAACACACACCCCCACACUUGCCUAAGGUGUGGUGGUCUUGUUUAAUCUGAACUGUGUAAUAAUAGGACAAUUGAAAUUCUAUUUAAUCCUCAAAUAGGUUUACUUUUCAGAAGCAGAAUUUAAAUCGGCUUUCAUUCCCUUCUGAGAGGAAAAAUUAUUCAGUUCUUGCCUACUGUGUUGACAUUUUACUGUGAGAUCUAACUGGGUGUCAUUGGACCUUUGUCAAAAUAGGGUUGUUAUUAACCUAUGCAGAGAUGAUGAUGCUGCAGAAAACAGAACAAUAGAGCUGCUUUUUCCAAUGCAUGUUUACUUUGGGUAGGGUGAAUUCCAUGUUAAAAGUUGAGAGAUUUGUGCUAGGUGUUCUGCCGAUCAAAAAUGUUAUCCGUAAUGGUUUCAAAACGAACAAUAUCAGUACUGAAAGAAUGCACAAAGUAGAUAAAGAUUCAUCCUACUAUUGUCAAAUGACACUGCCAAAUGGCUUAAUAUGUAUAACUCUCAUUUAUAUCAACAAGCAGUGGUUGCAGGGAUGGUUACUAGUUGUCCCUCCUAAAACACUCUUUGGCUUUAUUGUUUAAUCUCAACAGGUUACACAUAUUUUACUAGAAGCACAUGUUGAGUCACCAUCUCAUUGUCACUGUAUUCACUGAGAGAUGUGGUGGUCUUUCUUGUUUUCCUUUUGAAAAGGUAUUUAUUGUAAGAAGUACAUUGUGUUACACAUGCAGGUUGAUAUAUGUGAGUUACAUUUUGUAAAAGUAUUACACAUUUAAAUAAACUUGAUCUGCAUAGACAAAUCAAAA